AUGGGCGAAACCGAUGAGAAGGAAACCGCACCGGCGGCGAACACAAACGAUACGCAAAACCCGGAAACACCGCAAUCGAACGCGGACGGGCCAGAGGUAGAGGCAAAGGAGACGGAAAAGCUGCUCGGCACCGAGGUGGAGGAAAAGCGUCCAUCCCCCGUAACACCGACCGGUGACGAUAAGCCACAAACGAAGGCGAGCAGUGAAAAUGUAGCGAACGGUGAGGAAAUCAUCAACAUACCGGAGGAAGCGGUCACCGGCGGUGAUGUGACGGCCGAGAACGGCAAGAAGGACACGGCCGACGAAACCGGCAAGGCGGACAAACCGAACAAGGUGCAGGCGGAGGAGCGCGAGGUAAAGCCGAAGAAGGUACCGGCGGGUGCGUUCAAGCUGCCCGGCUUCUUCAACAAGAACAAGGACAAACCGAAGGAAGCGGACGGUGCGGACAAUGAGCUGCUGGAGAAGAACGGCGGUGAGCAUGGUGAGGGUAAGGACGGUGGCACCAAGACAGCGGACGAGGGCAAACCGGGCGCAGACGAUAAGCCGAAGCGUGCCGGAGGGUUCUUUGCCAACCUGAAGCUGCGCAACCCGUUCGCCAAAAAGGCGACCGCGCCGGACGCAACCGGUGAGACGGUGGACAAAGCGGCGGAAGAGGAGGAAAAGGAUGAGGUGACGGCAGAGGCAACGGACAAAGCGAGCGGUGCGGAGGAAGCCGGCGGGGACGGCACGGACGAGAAGAAACCGGCAGAGGACGAGCCGGAAGUGCAGGCACCAAGGAAGGGACUGCUGGAGGCGCUGCGUGUACCGCUGGCAAGCAUUAUCCCGAAGCGAUUCAAACCGGUCGCCAGUGGUGAUCCGGAAGAUGACAUCGAGCUGGGCAAGACGCCCAAAAACCGGGCGGGACUUGCCUCGAUGGAGACGCUGGAUGAUUCGCUGAAGGAUGCGGACACGAAGGAUACGGUCGACAAGCCCGGUGCGAACGGAACGGAUGGGGAGGCGCUGGUCAAACCGGAAGACAAGGAGGCUAAGGAUAAGGCAGCCGAAGCGGAAGAAGACGCACAGGAGCGUAGUUUGCUGCAGCGGGUGCAGUCUUACCGGUGCUCAGUUGACGACAUCGCCAUCAUUGCAGGUGUGGUGAUCUUCCUCAUCCUGGUAGCACUGAUCAUCGCGUUUACGUUCGUUGGCAAAAGUGAACCCAUCACCGCACCGGUACGCGACGGCAAGUACAUCGAGACGGUAACGAAUUGUGGACGGGUCGAAGGCAUCCUGGAGGAUGGUUCGUUCGCGUUCCGCGGUAUCCCGUAUGCAGUGCCCCCGGUCGGUCCGAACCGCUGGAAGGCAGCCCAACCGAUCGAAAGUAUCGACAAUUGCUGGAACGGCACGCUAAAGGCCCACAACUCCACGCCCGUCUGCUGGCAGAUCUACGCCGACGGUAAGGUGGACGGGGCCGAGGACUGCCUCACGCUGGACGUCAUUACACCGCACGUGCGCUACGACAACCCGCUGCCGGUGGUGGUGCUGGUCGGGGCCGAAUCGUUCACCGGCGAUUCACCCGGCAAGCUGCGUCCGUCCACGCGUUACGCCCGUGCCCGUGACGUUAUCUUCGUGCGGCCAAACUUCCGGCUGAAUGUGUUCGGGUUCCUCGCGCUGGAGCAGCUCACGAAGAGCACACACCCACCGACCUCCGGCAACUACGGGUUGACCGAUCUGAUUGUUGCGCUCAAGUGGAUUCAGCUGAAUAUUCCCCAUUUCGGCGGUGAUCCAAAGUCGGUAACGCUGUUUGGACACCGUGCCGGUGGUACCAUCGUGACGGCGCUCGCCUCAUCCAACAAGACGACCAAACUGUUCGCCCGCACCUGGAUAUCGUCCGGCGCGUCCAUCUUCCCGGGCAAACCGUUGGCCGACUCCGAGAAGGAGAACGCACUGUACAUGAGCAAGAUCCGCUGCGAGGACAGCAACUGUCUGAUGGAGAAGGAAGACGAGGACAUUCUGGAUGCGGUGCCGGAUGUGUGGCGUCGUACCUUCCCCGAUCUGCCGGCGGCGGACGAAAAUGCAACCGCGCGCCACGAGUGGCUGGUGCUGGACGGGAACAUUAUGCAGCAGCAUCCGGCCGAUGUGUGGAGUGCGGACGUGUCCAACAAUGUACGGUACGUGAUCGGGUCGACCACGCACGAAGCGCACAACACCAAGCUACACCUGAAGUACACCGAGUGGACCCCGGAACUGGUAACGCGCCACGUGAACGAGAGCGUUGUCGGUAGGCUUGGGCUCACGGAGGAGGCACUACGUCGGUAUAACGCCACCUACCAGGGUUUGGUCGCGAUGGUAUCGGACAUACGCACCAUCUGCCCUCUGCUGACGAUCACGCAGAAGCUUCAAAGCUCGCAGUUCUACGUCGUGUCGCAGACGGGCGGCGAGCUCGGCAUGGCCGAUGUCGAUUCGGACGUGCAGGCUAUUCUUGGACGCUACGAACCGAAAACGCCCGAACAGCGGCGGUACGUGUCGGCUAUCCAGCAGCUGUUCUACCAUUACGUGUCGCACGGCGAGAUUAAGCACGAGCUGCGGAAAAAGCUGCUCGACGUUGGCCAGGAUGCGCUGCCGACGUACAACACCGACAACUGCCUGUUCUGGAUCAAGAACGAUGUAGUGCCGCGUUACGCACGGUUAGAUUAA